CUAAUACAGAAUAGCAAAAUCUAAACUUGUUUCAACAGGCUGCCUAAGACAUGAAGACUUACUUUGCUUUUUUCAUUUUCUGUUUUCUUCUCCUGUUUGCAAACCUCAACCAUGCAACAAACGAAUGGAAAAGUGUAAUGAAGGAUCAACCUAUGCCAGAAGCAAUCAAAGCCCUUUUACAUCAAGAUCCAGCUUCAGGUUUGGAUUCUGAGAAAAUGAAGCACUUCGUCAAGGAUUUCGAUAGCAAACAUAGCUUUAUAAUAUACCACAGCAAUCCUGAGUACAAAGAAGAAGAUAAGACACAUGUCAAGGACUUGAAGAAUCAGAAACAACGUAAAUCUGAUAAAAAGAACUAGACAGAAAGCCUGAGUUAAUGGAGACUUUUCAGAUAAUUUGUAUGAUGCAUGUAGCUAGUAUUGUCCUUGCUUGUGAUAGUACUUAGAAAAAUGUGAUUUUAAAAUAAUGUAAUUUUAGCUUAAAAGGAACAUUAGAAUGGUUGAAAAUAAUGUAAUAAAUUUUCAUUUUUAUCUUAUUUUU